AUGGCCGCGGUGCUACAGCUCUGCACGUCUCUGGGGCUGCUGCAGCCGGGCAGCACGCUCUGCGAGGGUGUCUACUCCACCAACUGUCACUGCGUGCGUCAGGACGAGCGGGUGCGGGUGUGCUGCGCCGGCCAGAACAGCCCCGACGACAUUGCUCGUCUGCUGAGCGAGGACCUGCGGGACACGCCCCAGAUCAGCCUGACCGAAUGGGGCGCCGAGUUCCCGUCACAGCUCUUCGCCGACGUGCAGCCGAGCGUGCGCGAGCUCAUCCUCGACCACAACAGCUUCGGGGUGCUGCCCGACACCGCGUUCGCCGGGCUGCGCGGCACGCAGAUCGUGCGCCUCGACCACAACCGGCUCAACGAGAUCGGCCGGCUGAACCGCGGCCAGCUGGCGCCGCUGGCGCAGCUGCGCUACCUCUCGCUGGCCGGCAACGGACUGGAGGCCGUCGAGCAGGGCGCGCUGCCGCCUGGCAUCAAGCACCUCAGCCUCUACAACAACCGGCUCGAGUCGCUGAACGGCACGCUCAGGAACAUGAACAGCAUGAAGUGGCUGUUCAUCUCCAAAAACAGACUGACGUCGCUGCGGGACGAGCUGCCUGCGGGCAACAGUCUGAGAGCGCUGACUGCCUACGAGAACCAACUGACGUCUCUCGACGGGCUGCAAGACGCGAGAUCGCUCUCGCGUCUCUUCCUGCGCUCCAACCGGCUGACCUCGCUCGGACGCCUGCGGCUGCCGCUGCUCAAACUGCUCGAAGUCUCCGACAACCAGAUCGAGACGGUGACUCCGGAGGAUUUUGCCGGCAUGCCUGCCUUGAAGGAAGUCACCUUGGCCAGCAACCGGCUGACGGAGGUGGGGCCCAUCCUGGACGUCCUGCGCGCGCUGGACAAGCUGGACCUCUCCGAUAACGGGCUGAUCUCGAUCGGUCAGCUGACAUCAGAAGAUCGUCAGCUUGGUGCGACGGAGGCCGCUGGCGACGUUCCCGUGCUGGCUCAUCUUUACGUCAGAGCCAACCGGUUGACGUCCUUGGGCGAGCUGCACCUGCCGAAGCUACGUAUUCUCGACCUCUCGGACAACCGGCUGACCCAGGUGUCGGCGACCAACUUCGUUGGCCUGCCGUCACUACGAGAGCUCAUCCUGUCCGGUAACCACCUGGAGGAGGUGGGCCUGCUCCUCGAGGUGCUGCCCUCUCUGACCAAGGCGGACUUCUCGGACAACAUCAUCAGGUCGAUGACACCGCUCAAUACGCGAGAGGCGCUGCCGCAUGAAGACAAGCCGCAGCUGGUGCACCUGGAGACGCUGAUGCUGAACAACAACAGCCUGAGCGCCCUGCACGUGGCGCUGUACCGGCUGCCGUCCCUCUGCGUGCUGGACGUGCGCGACAAUGCCAUCAGCAGCCUGCGCUGGCACCGGCACCACGCCUGGCACUGCAGCCUGCAGCGCAGCAAGCUCCGCAUCAGAGGAAAUCCGAUGCGCUGCGAGGACGAGACCGUGCGGCGGUCCCUCACAUCGGCGGCGGAACAGUUCAGCAUAGAUGUCGCCCUCUGCGACGGCGUCCAAGAGCCGUGACGGCACCCGACACCGGAAGCGUGACGUCAAGCAUCGAUCGACCUCGGCCCGAGCAGGGUCCCUCCCACCCCGCCGAUGCCUGGCGCUGGGGGACGCCAGCGGACCUAGUGGACUGCACGUGAUGGUGCUUCGGACACCAGGCCGCCUUUGGACGUGAGAGCACCGCCGCGACAUGUGGUGUAGUGAUCAACGAGUGUGCCAUUCUGUGCGGGGGCCUGGCCACCAUAGCACGGCCGGCUGGCGCUGGCGGGCCGUAACGUGACCUCAUGGCUCACCGGACUUAUGGCGGACCAGAGACGCAGCGGUGGUGAUACGACCAGUGGACUGUGGCGGCCAAACCAGUGCGCUGCUUUUCGCAUGGGCCUACAGCUGCGCGACGGAGGAGACACAGUCUUCUGGGUGGUGCGGAGCUUUGUGGUGUGGCAUCCGUGUCGUUCGUUUGUUGACCGAAUUCGGGUCAUGGACAGGAUGUGAUUGUUAUUGUUAAGUGAGUGGUUCAUGUCGGCGAUGACGAUUUGCGUGACCAUGGCGCACUCCGGCUCGGGUAGGCGGUGGCGCACUCCGGCUCGGGUAGACGGUGGCGCACGCCGACACGGGUAGACGGUGGCGCCCUCCGGCUCGGGUAGACGGUGGCGCACUCCGGCUCGGGUAGACGGUGGCGCACUCCGGCUCGGGUAGACGGUGACGCACUAGCGUAGCUAUAACCACUAAGCUCAAGAGUGCUCAAUAAGCAUAUGGUCACUGAUUACACAUGAUCGUUGAACACUGAACAUGUCCCAUGUCAAAACAUCAUAGCGUAGCUCAAGCUCUGAAUGAAUAAACAUAUCGCGAUGUUUAAACAAUCUGCCAGACGCCAAGAGCUGUCCGAACCACGUCACAGAACCGUGCAGAGUGCAGAUCCCAGCGAAGUGCGGGCGGCUUCGGCGCACCGCCGACUGGGCUCGGCUCCACGAGCUUCAACGCACCGCCCGCGCACGCGCCGUCCGCACGCUCAGGUGUACCUGACCCUUCUGAAGCAGCCGUCCGGCAACGCUCGCGCCACCACCUCCAGCUCCCGCACCUCGCUCUCCGCGCGCUUCUUCUCUUGGGCGAGGCGCUCAAUCUGGCGCAGGCGCCGCCGCGCCGACGUGCGCAGCCGCCGCGCGCG